AUUGGCGGGCUGUUUGAAUGGCGGAAGUGAUGGCGCGGCCCCCGCGCAGGCGCACGGACGGCUGCGGGGAGGCCGGGGGGCGGCCGCGGGAGCCCUCUGUGCGCGGCUCGCGGGGCUCGGAGCCUCUGUCUUUAACAUAUGCAGAAAUGAAAAAGAAGGUAGUUGGUGCUGGCAGACUGAGACUGAGCCCUAAUGAGGAAGCCUGCGUUUUAAAGGAAGAUUAUGAAAGAAGACGAAAGUUACGGUUGCUGCAGGUUCGAGAACAAGAAAGGGAUAUUGCUUUCCAGAUAAGAGAAGACAUAAAACAGAGGAGAAACCAGCAGUUUACUCGUCUGGCAGAGGAGCUCAAGACAGAAUGGGAAGAAUCACAAAAUCAGAAAAUAAAGAACUUGGAAAAAUUGUAUCUGGCAAGUUUACGAACUAUGGGAGAAGGGCACCAACAAGCCAAAGAAAACGAACCAGAUCUGAAUGCUGUGGAACAGCUGGCAGCAGAAAGAAAAAGAAAAGCAGAAAUGAGGCAUAAAGAGGCCCUGAAAGUACAGAAAAACCAAAAAGAAACACUAAUGAAACAAAAAACCUGGCAUAUAAAAGCCCGAAAGGAAGCACUGCUUAUGGAAAAGGAGCGAUCAGCCAAAAUUACCAGUCUACCGCCGCCUCCUCCAGCUCUUUUUGAGAACAUUGAAGUAGACAGACCUUCAGUGAAAACCACCGGCGCCACCUACCAUCAUCUUCAUGCUCUUGUAGACAGAGAGACGGACUCAACGCAGCCAGAUCCGCACGUGGCUGCUGAAGAAGAAACAAAAAGGCUGGAGGGCCUGCAGAAGCAGGCAGCACAGGAGAGGACAGAGCAGUGUGAGAAGGCGCAGAGACGGGGGUCCCAGGCCAUGAGAAAGAUCCAUUUGGCUCAAAGUCAAGAGAAACUAAUGAAAGAGCUCAAGCAGCUGCAGCAAGAGGACCUGGCGCGCCGGAGGCAGAUGGUGGCGCAGAUGCCGCCCCAGCUGGCCGAACUGCCAUACAGGCGCAGCGAGAUGAGAGAGGAGUGGCAGAGGGAGCUGGAGUUUGCCUUUGAAGACAUGUACAAUGCGGACAGGAUGGUAAAAGGAAACCUGAUCCUGCACCUUGAGCCAGAGCCUUUGCCCACACUGGAGGGCCAGGGCCAGGGCCAGGACGCGGAGCUGGACCUGUCAGUGGAACAAGAGCACUCAGGUGAAGUUGAAAGCCUUCCCAUGGCAGAAGCUGACGAAAUAUGCUCUAGUGAAAAAGAAGCUUCCUUGGCAAUGAAGACCCAUGAGAUCCCUUCAAAGGCUCUUUUUAGGAAGUUAUUAAAUAAGAUUCGAAGCCAAAAGUCUCUGUGGACAAUUAAAUCCAUGUCUGAGGAUGAAAGUGGGAUGACAACUCUCAGUGACAGCGAGAGCAAAGUUCCUGCCACUGAGUGGGCGUCUGCCAGCGAGGAGGAGCCCCUGUCCUCCGGGCCCACGCAAGGGGAUUCACUAACAGUUGACUCUGGACCUUUGACUAGUGAAGAUAGACAACUUUCACAGGAUACAGAUGCUGAAAAGGAACGAGAAAUGCAGGAGGCUCCAUCUGUCCCUACUGUGACUCAGAGUUCAGUUCUGCUUCAUCCUCAAGAGACAGCAGCCAGAAUCCGGAUAGCAGCAAGGCAGAAACAGAUAAUGGAAAUAGAAGAACAGAAGCAAAAGCAGCUAAAAUUACUUGAACAAAUUGAACAACAGAAAUUAAGAUUAGAGAAUGAUUGCUUCAGAGCUCAACUGGAAGAAGCAAAAAGGAAAAAAACUCAACAGACUGGGGUGGAUGCUACCCCAGCGUCAUUUGGGCUGGUCACUGAUGAAGACAGGCAGAUGAUCUGGAGCUAUCAACACCACCUCUUACAGCAAAACAGACUUCACAGACAGUCUGUUGAAAUAGCCAGGCAGCGACUGCUGGAAUAUCAGAAUCUGUUGAAAGGACAACGCGCACAUGUGCCCAGGCCUGCCACACCAGUACUGCAUGGCACUGUUUCAGCACCACCACCGGAACAGGCCACAGUUGCCUCUGAGCUUUGGAAUCAAGGGCAGAGACAGAGGCUGGGUUCUAACAAGUAUCAGCCCAUGCAGGUCUCCAAAUUGGAAGCAGAUUAUUUUCAGGUGCCGGGACAGAAUCACUUUGUGCAGAGGCAGGCAGACACGUCAGAGGCUUCACUUACUCCAGAUGCCAGGCAGGCCUCUUGUAAGUCUUCACUCCAGCCACUGCCUGCUGAGCAUUCUCUUGGUUCUGUGACUGCUAAAAGUGAAUCUGGAAAGACCCAGGAGCCCUUAGGCACCAUGAGUAAAAGUACUGCCUCCGUGCCCCAUUCUGUCUUCAGCCCAAUGCAGGAUGAGCGUUUGCCACCCUCAGAGUACCUCACAGCCCAGCAAGGCCGCCUGAAGGCUCUGCAAAAGCAGUUAGACCUACAGAAGGAAGUGCUGCGGUCCAGACAGGAGGCUCAAGAGCGACUGCUCCUGUGCAAGCAGAAAGAGCUGGAAGGGCGCACUGGCCUGUCCAUCUCCCUUCCACUGGACUUGUUUGCUUCACUGCCCACUGCCCAAGGGAGAGUUCAGGAAUCUUCUCCAACCAGGAAGCAUCCUGUCACUUCCUUUGGGCGUCUUGGGGUCCCAUUACUUCAGGAGAAGCUUUCAAGUCUCUCACAGUCUGUCUCAUCACAGCGUGAAAACUUUAAACUGCUCCAGGAGCAGUUGCAUGCUCAGAGGGACAGCCUCCAGGCUCUGCGAGAAGCCCAGAAAGUGCUUUGUGUCCACAAGCAGCGUGAGCCAGGUGGACGUGGACAGUCCCCCCCCGCUCAGGGGACUCAGCAGACAUCUGCUCUAUGGCCCUCUGCCGACAGGCAGUCUGGGAAUGUCCAGGAGCAGUGUCAGUCUGACAGUGAGAACGGGCUUCCCUCAAGCCAGCCUGAAAUCCCCAGACCUCAAGACGGGACUCUGAGCUUCCUGCAACAGUUCCUCCCUUUGCACAAUAGCUUGAAGUUACUCCAGGAACAGUUGGCAACACAAAGGGAUGCCCUUCAGGCGCAUCAUGAAGCCCAGGUGCAGCUGCUGUCACGUGGACGGUGGGCCCCGGGGGAUGGGAAGUCUGGGCAGGUGAGCACUUCAUUCCCACUAAGGGCUACCCAGCACCCAUUGGCUUCCCAAACGUCUGCUGGAACUGAGCCUGGAAGGUUCCAGAGCCAUUCUCUGUCUGAGGAGAGCACCAUUCCCUCCAGUCUUCCAGCAAUCCCAACACCUCAAGACAAACCUCUCAGUUGUUCACAGUGUGAAAACUUGCCAACACUACAGGGACAGCUACAGCUAGAGAGGGGGGUACCGGCUGGAAGAGAAACCGGGGGCUCUGUGCACAGGCCAGGAGAACUAGAGAGGCAGCUUUCUUCUGAAGAGACUGAUCCUUUGUCCUCCCUGUCACAGGGGGUCGGGUUCCAGGAAAGCAUGCCAGCUGAGAGUGACAGCUCAGUUCCCUUAAGCCACUCCAAGACCCCCGGUUUUCAGGAGUGUCUCCAAGUUUCACAGCAUCACUUUCGUCUCCCGGACAGCUUGAAAGCAGCUCAUGAGUGGCGGGGCACAGAGGAGACCCCAACCGACUCCUCACUCCUGCCCCAGCUCACACAGCCCUCCUCAUCCUUACUGUCUGCCAGUUCUGCCGUAACCCAGGAGCCACUGUCAACUGAGAGGGACAGCACGGUGCCUCCCUGCCCUCUUCAGGACCCACACUUGCAGGACAGGCUCUCUAGAGUAUCGCAUCUCAGCCUGCCUCAACGAAACAAUCUUCAGGAACACCUGGCUGUGCAGAGGGAGGCCCUGGGCCAGCCCAAGCAAGACACCCAGCAGGAGCUACUUUCCCAGAAGGAUCCGGCACCACUGGAGCAGGGCAGCACCACCACCACCUUCUCCCUUGUGGCAGAGCAAUCAUUUGCCUCCCUGCCUCUCGCUGAAGCAGAGAGAGUCCAAGAAGCUGAUCCUGCUAGAGGUGAAGCCACAGCUCCCUGCGGGCACAGCGUGUUGCCACCAAGAUCUGCAGACACGUUGCUGGGCGCAUCACAGUCCGAUCAUGCCUCUGCGCCUUCGCGGCUGGGCUCCCUCCCCAGUAGCCAGAAAAGUCAGCAAGAGGUUCCUUUCCCUGGGUCACAAAGAUUUGAGGACCUGUUCUCUCCUGAGCACUUGCUGCCCUCUCACCAUGGUGUUCUGAAGGCAAUUCAGCAGCACUUAGAUACACAGAGGAAAACCAUUCGCUGUAGGCAGGAAGCCCAGGAACAAGUGCUUUUGCAAAGACUAAGUAUGUUGCAGGAAAGGGUGUCAGAGCCCACGGGCUCCUCCUGCUCCUUGUCCCAGCCUGCUACCGACUCAGGGAGAAGCCCAAAGUCCUCUCCAGCCACAAGUCAUAACACUGCUCUUUCAAGUCAGCUUGAGGCCCCAAGGCCACAGGACAGGCUUCUGGAAUUAUCACAACCAAUUCUGCCUCGGCAAGAGCACUUGGGUUCUGGGGACAAGUCCCAGGAAGAGCCACUUUUAAGUAGGCAGGGCCAGGAGACAAAAAGUGACUCUUCAGAACAUACUCUUCCCUCUUCACUUCUCCCCAAGGAAAGAGAAUGCUCAUUCAGCCCACUGCCCUUUGCUCAAGUUCAGCCUGCAAACACCUGCAGGCCACAUCUGAGUUUUUCACAUCCUGUCUUGGCUCAGCAAGAUAACGUGGGGCUUCAAAAGCAGUUGGCUCUACAAAGAGAGGUUUUGCAUUAUAGGCAAAGAGCCCAGGAAGACUUGCUUGUACAGAGACAAGCAGCAUUGCAGAAGCAGAUACAGAAACAUCAAGAAACUCUGAAGGAUUUCUUUAAAGACAGUCAGACAAGUAAACUCACACUUGAAAGUCAUUUUAAAACCCUGAAGCUCAGUGAAUGGCUUCCACAUCUACAAGACUGCACAGGAGCUGAUGAGGGAAAUGCCAGCUCUGCAGACCAGAGUAGCUCAGAAGAUCAGUGGAGAUUUUCAGAAGAUAACGCCAGCCUCAUUGCUGAGCGUCUGGAGAAAGCAGCUGGGGACAGGCCCUCAAAGCCACCUGUUGCCAGAGUGAAGUGUGGACUGGACCUGAUCCAGCACGAGCUGAGUGCUAUCCAAGAGGUAGAGUCGCCGGCCAGUGGGCAGACUGCUACACCAGGUAAGCCGGACUUUGAUCAAGACAGAGACCCCCUCAGAGUCUCAAUAAGCCGAGAACAAAGCUUUUUCCUCGGGAGCCCAGUGAAAGGUGGUCUGUUUGAUCCGGAGCCAGCUGCCCAAGAGAAAGUCUGUAGUGAUGACACUGAUGUGGCAGUCAAGGUCAAGAAGUUUGCUGAGAAUCCCACAGUGUUUACUUACACUGAGGAGGAAGAGCAGGACUGUCUGGGGACCCCUGUGCUGUCAGAAGAAAAGGCUGAAACACAAGAGACUUACCAUGAGCCAUUAUCUUCAGUAACUGUCUCUACUGGGAGCUUUCUAAGUUAUGAAAACACAGAUUUGAGCCUUACAGAUCCAGAGUCACUGUCAGAGGGCGUGGAUCCUCAGCAACUGGAAUCCUUAGCUGGCAAAGCGCAAGAAGCAGGCAGUCUCGGCUCUGCAGGCCCUUCACAAGCUGCUUACCCAACGCAGGGCUCCCCAGAUGUCCACAGCCUGCUGCUACCUGCAGGGGAAAGACGGAGCUCUGGCUUGCCGCAUAGAAGUGAAGCAGACUUGAUGACUGAAAGAACAGACUUGCAGGUGUACUUUGACUUUCCAGAACUUGAGUAUAUUUUUCCAAAUUUGCAUCACCAGUUAUUUAAGCCUUUAGAGCCCCUUCCAGAUUUUGAUGUGUCAUCAUUUUCCUCUGGAACAUCUCAAGACAGCAGAGACUUUUGCCAGCCAUUACCUGCUUCCCAGCAGAGCUCAAAGUCUCUGUAUGACAGCCACGCCAGGAGCACUGUGUGGACCAGUCCUGACCUGGUGCAAACUGCAGCUCAGCACUCUGCCACAGAAACCACUAGAGAGGGGUCUGAGCAAUCAUUUCAGCAGCUUCUACCAGAACUUGCUUCACUGGAGAGGAACCAGCAUGCUGAUCUACCCAACAGCAUUAGCUUUGAAGCGAGAGUCUCUCUGCAAGGCCUGGACAGUCAGUGCUACUCCUCUGAACAGAUGGCACUACUGCAGACCAAGAAAAAAAGUGUUCAUUUCCAGCUCCCUGUAGACUUGCCAAGUUCAUCCUUACUGGAGGAUGUAUUCAAUCAGCUAAGUCUACAACAUAGCACUCCAUGUGACUCCACUGUCAGUACAGGCUCAUUAAGAACUCACUCAGCAGACCAGAGACAAAGACUGGACUUUGAAGAGCAGGUGGUUGCUGCAGUGUUACAAAGUCAAUCCCUCAUUGAAGAUAAAUAUGGAACCUAUAGGGUUAUGGACAUGGAUCUACAUGUACCUGAAGGAGCAGUAGAGACUUCUCUUCCAGCUAAACACAGUGAGGCUCCAGAGGCCACUCAACGCUCACAGUCAGAACUGUCUGUAAGUUCUGGAUCGCUUUCAUUACAAAGCUCUAUUCCAGUCUGGGAGACAGAGUCUGGCCUUGGGAUACUGGAAGAACCAGAACUCACACUGGUAAGCAUCAGUGAUGUCAGUGUCACUGAAAUGGAGUUAUCAAACUUAACCCUGGAAGAUAAGAGAGACAGUGAAGGACACAGUUGCUUUCUGAUGUGUGGAACACCGCCUCUUAAGUCAGGAAGGGGAACGGAUUUCCCAGCUGCAUCUGUGCAGAAACCCCCAACAGAAAUUCUUCCUAUGAAAGGGAGCCUACAAGAGGCAUUUGUCAAGAAGAAAAAAACAUUUAUAGAGCGAUCCUCCCAAAGGCAGAAAGAAAUAUGGAAUAAAUUUCAUUCUGAAAGCAAAGCCCUUGAGAAACCUGCAGGUUCUAUGAGUCGUAUAAAGAGGGUGCAUAAAGUUAAAACCUCUCUUCCAGAAGACAGAAAACAUGCCUCAUCCCUUACAUACCAAAGGGCUCAAAGAUUAUAUGAUCAGUUACCUGAAGAGAUGCAACAAAAGGAAAAGAAAGUAAAGCGAGACAUCUAUGCCCAAAACAGAGCCAGGGCUAAAGAAUUUCACAAGAAAACACUGGAGAGACUUCGAGCCAAAAAUAUACGCUGACUUUCUAUGAAAUGCGUCAAGGUUUUUUUAUUAUGUGUGUAACAGCAAGGUUAAAGUCAAUAAAUCUCACAUAAGGAAUUGCA